UUUUACUGGUAAGUUUUUUUAAUGCAUCCGCUUUAAAGAGCUACAUGUGCAUGUACUAUUUAGUCAGUCAGUCAGUUAGUCAGUGAAAUGUGGAUCUAGUCAUUGAUAAAGUAUCUAUUUAAAAUAACAUUUAAGCUAUGCACGAAAACUUUCUUAUUUUUACAGAAAGUCUUAGUCAGAACUGAUUGAGGUGUAAUAUCGACGACCGUUGUUACCGACUAAACAUAGACGAGUAUACCGGUAGCAUGAAUAAAGUGUGUAAUUACAUGUGUUGGACUUUUUUCAACGCUACACAAUUAAUCAAGCGCACAUUACAGCAAUAACCACUUAUGUUAUUGCAAACCUAAAAUAUAUCAAGUACAUGACGACCUUUUAAAACAAGUUACUUAACGUCAAUGACGUCGAAGACGUGAAGUCAUUUGAAUUUCGUUGUUUCCAUAGAAGUCUCAGGAAACCAACCCGUUCUACAGAUGUUCCUCAUUUCUCAAGUGAUUUCCCGGAUGUAACAUCGCUGUUCCGAAGAUGUCCGACCACGACGAAAGAUCGUGCCUCUGUCGGCAUUUAGAUAAAGGCAUCGAUGUGUAUAUACGCGCUACGGCAAGUAGAAGACAGCUAACAACGUACAUCCAAUGCAACACGGGGACAGACAGCAACACUUUGCACGAGAUGUACAAGGACCGGGUGGCUCGAACUUUGCCGAAUCUCGUAAAAAUGGCGGAAAUACCAGAGAAGAUACGAUUGCUGGAAGAAAAGCGUGGGCGUGCGGCGGUGGAACGAGAGGAAUUCCUUCACCGACCCGACCUUGACCGGAAGCUGUCCAUUCUGUCGCACAUGCACCAUGGCGACGAUGAAAACGAGCAACCUAUGGACGACGUGGAUGUCGACUUCAAGGAAAGCAAUCCCAUGUUUUCUAAAAUAAGCACGAAUUCAUUCGACAAUGCAAAUGUUACAUCGGAUACAGAUGACAACAGGAAUAUUGCAGUGGUCGACACUGACAAGGGCGCAUUAAACUACACUAACAAGAUUGCAGCAGACGACACCAACAAUAUCGCAGAUUGCGACACUAACAAUAUCGCAGGGGAAGAUACUGACAAGAUAGCAGCAGGCGACACUAACAAGAUCGAUGUAGACGACACAGAGAGGAUCGCAUCAGUUGACCCAGACAAAAUAACAGAAGAAAACGCCAAAAAUAUCGCAGCAAACGACAUCGGCAAGAUAGUAGCAGACGACUUUUUCAAGAUUGCAGCAGAAGACAAUGACCGAUAUGCAGCUGAUGAUAUUGACAAUUUUGCAGCAGACAUCAUCGCAACCGCUGUCGAUGAAGUUGUCGAAUAAUUACAGGAACAUAGUAAGCGAUCAUCCGUAAAAAAAUUGCAGUUUCAUUGUUAUUUGCAUGCAUUUCUUUUCUAUCAGGGACAUUUCUAACUAAGCACAAAACUAGGGAAUAUCCAGUCGUUAUAUACGGUAAUCAUUUAUUAAUUGGUUUCUUUCAGAUCGCAUCUUUUUCACUUGAAAAAACUAAAUUUGCAUCAUUUUCACGUGUGUACAUAUAUGAAGUGUAUGUCAUUAUUAUAUUUCUAUACACAAUGAAUUUAAUUUGUAUAAACUUUAUAAUAAAAUUGCGUAAUUAUUAUUAUAAACCAUCAGGUAUUCCAUGACCUUAUUUGAGAUAACCAUCGAAUCUAUAAAACUGUAAAGUUGAAAUGUGUGGCUGUGGUCAUAUGCAUCAAAACAGACUCAAUAAAGGUUUUAGGUUUAUUUCAGCAAAGGUAGACACAAUAAGAAUAAUAUAAUAACAUGGAUUCAAAAGCUCACAGAGAUCAAUUUAACAAUUUCGUGUUUAUUUAAUUGAACAUCAAAGUAACAUAAGAACAUAAAAUGACAAAAAUAAUAAUUGAUUUAUACAUGAUAUAACAACAUAUACAACAUAACAGAAAAAUGUUUCCAUCAACAAAUGGUAAGAAAACAGCAAAAAUAUUUGCAUAUGCUUUCUUGAUAAGAUAUGUUCCGUAGUGCCAUGCUCAACAUCACAUUAUCUUGUUUUGUUUUCUCACUUUUUCGUCAGAGCACAUGGGUGUUUACGGAUAAAGCAAAUCAACAUUACUGACACUUCAAGCUAAAAAUUGUACAAUUAAAAAAAGUCAAUUAUUUUGUUUCGUUAUAACUUAAGUAGUGUCUCUUGACUGGAGUGUAUGGUGUAUAAUUUUAAAUACAGAUCCUAUUAAUCAAAUAGUUCAUGUAUACAUUAACAUAUAUAAUACCGGUAAAUAACAAAUAUCAUCCACAAAUACCUGGAAUGAGAAUGUAUACUUGUAUACAUGUUCAUCAUAAAAACACCCAACAAUACAAUCAAGCAAUUCAAUGACAAAACCCUUUACUAAUUAAUGAUUAAAAGAUCUUUUAUCAUGCAUUAUAUUAUUAUAUAUUUUUUUUAUCCCUAUUGUAUGGUUUAUAAACUGAAACGCGUCUUUCUUUUAGGUUGCUAGGUUGCGAUGACACUAUCAAUAAAAGUGAUGUCAACAUUUGAGUUUCCAACAUAAUAACUGAUGCUGCUAACAUGGAAUGGCUUAACUGUUUCUCAAUAUGAACAGAUAAUUCUGGAUAUUCAAAUGUACGACCAAUGAGAUUCUUUCAUGCAUUUGCUGCCAUGCUUAACGUAAGAAAAAAUUCAUCACAUUUGUUGAACAGUUAGUUUGUAUUUCCUUUUAAUUUCAUAAAACAAUGUGAAAACAAUAUUCAAUUAAUAUAUAUUUUUACAUAAGCUUCAUUUUUGUAAAAUAAUACAUGAUUAGAAACUAUGAUUAUUGUAAGAUUUUUAAUAAUAAUCAAGGUGAUGUCAUCGUUGAUCCCAGUAAACU